AUGCAUAUCCUCUGGUGUGCACUGGCGUUCAGCGCAACCACCUCAGCCCAGGUGACGGGAUCCAGGCCCAUCUCGUUCACCUCGAAGGGUAACCCAAUCCUCUCAGAUGGCUCGUGGUACUCGGCCGACCCUGCACCGCUGGUGGUCAACAACACUCUCUACAUCAUUACCGGACAGGACAGUGCUGCUGCAGAUGAAAACAGCUUUAUCAUGAAGCAGUGGGGAAUGUUCGUCUCCUCAACACCUGACCCUGCCGGCUCCGCAUGGACGCUGUACCCGAAAGUCGCAGAACCGCAUGAGGUAUUCGCCUGGGCUGCUCCCGGAACCUCAUACGCAGCACAAGUCGUUCAAGGCCGCGACGGCCGAUUCUACCUAUACGCUCCGGUGACGCAGGCCAACAGCCAGAAUGCGGAUCCGUUUGCUAUUGGGGUGGCUGUGGCCGACUCCCCUACCGGGCCCUAUGUCGACGCUCAUCCGUCUGGCCCGAUCAUCUCGCAGUCAGUGCCUCCGCCAGGCGAUUCCAUCCAGAACAUCGAUCCCACCGUGCUCGUGGAUGACGACGGCAAGGUCUACAUCUACUUUGGCACCUUUGGUGCAUUACGCGCAUACCAGCUUGACGCGGACAUGGUCACCGUGCGGUCGUCCGUCACCCAGGUUGACGGACUGCAGGGGUAUUUCGAGGCCCCGUGGCUGAUGAAGCGCAAGGGCGUCUACUAUCUGCUGUUCGCAGCCAACAACGCAGGCCCGGACUCGCCGUGCACGCCGACCUCGUACCACGCCUGUAUCGCGUAUGCGACGGCCUCCUCCCCGCUGGGACCAUGGAAAUUCCAGGAUGUCAUUCUGCCUAUCGUCUCCUCGACCACCUCCCACCCUGGAGCGAUUGAGCUCAACGGCGCAUGGUUCCUUGUCUACCACACGGCGGACGCCAAGGGAGGCGGACAUUUCCGCCGCAGCAUCGCGCUCGACAAGCUGAACUGGGACGAUAGUCAAUCGCCCCCGGCGAUCCGCAAGGUCGUGCAGACGUUUGGACCCAAGCCACCGGCUCCUCCAACAUACAACAUCGCUCCCAAAGCCGUCACCAGCUCAAAAUAUCCCUCAGGGAUCCAGUACUGGAUAAAGGCCGUCAACGAUGGGAUCGUUCGGGCCAACCCGCUGCCCCCGGAUUACUGGAGCUCCUACGAGGCAGAAAAGUCCCGAGAGACCAGUGUGCUUACCUAUGUGUGGAAAGAACCGGUGCAACUGAACGGGACGUCGAUGGUUUUCUUCGCCGACCAAGACGCCGGGGCUAACGUGGGAGUUGCACCCCCAAAUAAAUGGUUUGUCGAAUAUUUGGAUCAGUCGUCCAAUUGGCGGCCUGUCGUCAACAGCACACCCUAUCCCUUAAAGGUAACCGACACCCCGGACGUGGUGAGAUUCCAAACCAUCCGCACGACCUCGAUUCGGGCCACCCUGAUCGCAUCCGGCUCGGGCGGACAGUUUGCCGGUGUUGGCGUGAAGGAGUGGGAAGCACUGGCGACUGAGUUGCAGACUAGGUGA